CAGUUGUACAACAGGACAGUUGUAGUACACCUUCACUCCGUGCGUAAACGUUACGUACACAUAUAAUAGUGUAAUGCCAUGUUCACGUUUCGCGUACAUAGUAAAUAGGUGUAAGUACGUUGUGCCAAGACAAUGUGACGACAAAAGCAAACUUUGUGCGUACGUCGAAUUUCAUGUUUUAUUUUUUUGUGACAAUAAUGUUGAAUUUUUUGUUGUUGUUUUUUUUUUUACCCGUUCUGUGCGCAUAAACUUCAGUAAUUUCGCCGUUAUAUCAUAAUCAUAUUAUCGAUCGAGUAUUAUGUACAUUAUAACGUAGUAUUAUCAUUAUUAUUAUUACAGUAAUUGUACUGUGUUAUUAUUAUCAUCGUCAACUGCUGGAAAGUUUUUAAGUACAGUGAAAACCUUGUAGUGUAUACCACGACCGUCGUCAUAAAAAUAUACAACUCUCAAUAACGGAGCGCGUGUCGAACUGCGUUUUAAUAUCGAACAGUAAUAAUUGCAAACAAACGGCGGAGUUUGGAGUGCUACGACAGUCGUUAAUUGUUGCCGACGGGGAUGACGACGACCGUUUAAAAACUUUGUCACACAAACACUCGUCAAGUUUAGGGUCUUGCGAGAAAACUGUCGAACACAAUUAUUUAGCGAGUUCUACGAAGAUCGAGUGAGGACUUUUACGUUUCGACUUAUUGGCACGCCACAAUUAAUUAUAUAUACGUUUAAUAUCGACAACUUGUAAUACGCAAUACAUCGUGAAAUGAAAAUUCGUGAAAAAAACGAUAAUUCGCGCUGCAAAAAGACAGCGGUGACAGCUAUCUGCGUCCAGGGGUAGGGGUGGUGCAACACCUGUAUCGAGUGCACGAGCUUAAUAAUAUAAAUAUCGGAUACGAUAACGACAACGACAAACACAUAACAUAUAUAUAUAUAUAUGUGCUAUUACUUAUAUGCAUUAUAUGAUAUGAUAUGAUAAUGAUAAUAAUUGUCAAUACGCGAUACUAGCGAAGUCCAAUACAGAGAGGAGGUGGUCGUAAAAUACAUUGUUAUUAUUGUUGUUAUUAUUAUUACGUGUUUUGUCGGGCUUACAGGCGGGAAUAGGAUCGGGGGAGGGCGGCGGCGGGGAGAUAGCGCGCCGGUCGACACGCUCGCGGAACGCGACCGUGGCGCAGAACACGACCGCGAUCCGAUGGAGCUGGCCGUGACGAACGCCACCGCGUCGUCGUCGCCCGCGACGCCGGCACUUCCGGUCAUGCCGUCCGUUUCCCGUUCGUCGAACGCCGGCGUGCAGAUGGGAGUCACCGGGCUGUACGCUUUCGGCAUAUUCGGCAACCUGUUGGCGCUGUUCAUAUUGCACCGGACCCGGUCGAGCAGCAACCAGAAACACGGUUUCAUGUUGAGGUGCUUGGCCACCAACGAUUGCAUCGCGCUCGCUGGCAUGCUGAUCCAGAUGUUCGUGAGCUUUAAGUGGCCGAGCACCAGGAACAACGUGUGGUCGUGCCGGAUCCGCGUCCUGUGGCGGUUCUUCGGGCUGGGCUCGGGGUGCGUGGCCAUCGUGAUGGCUGUCGAACGCUGGCUGGCGCUCACCAAACCGUUUUUUUACCAAAAGCAUAUUAGCCUUCGUCUACUCAAACGAAUGAUGGUCAUACUUUGGUUAGGAGUACUGUGUUUAGUGUGCGCACCAUACUUCGGAUUUGGUCUCUAUUGGGAUGAAAAAACGUCGACGUGUGUGCGUUACCGGACAGCCAAAAAGCCUUUGGACGUGCUAUACGCUUACUUAUAUUUCGGUCAUGGUGUAUUUUUAUGCUUUGCAAUAGUCUACACAAACUUAGCCGUUAUGAAAGCUCUAUGCAUGAAGGACAGCCCUCACAACAAGCACAACGUGUUAAUGAGACGUAUCAGUCGAGGAUCGUCAUUGACUUGCAACACGACUACCAAAGAAGAAAGAUCGUUCGGAUGGCUCAUGUUUUUGCUGUGUGUCGCGUUUGUUACAUGUUGGGUCCCGCAAAUGAUAUCGAUACCGUUGUCCAGAUUCAUCGAUGACGAGACGAGGAUUCGACCGUUCACCAUCGCCGCGGACAUGCUUCUGGCUAUGCACUUCGCGCUAGACCCAUACUUGUACGUGCUCCAGCACUGGACGUUAGUUAAAUCUAUCUGCUUGAAAUCCAAAAAUAAGAAAAACGCUAACGGAGGCAGCACGAGCGUGAGUCGCAGCAGCUCCAUGAGAACAACGUACGAAGUAUUCUCACAGCAGCCGCUCUGAUUGCAAUAUACAACGGCUGAACUCUGCUGCUGCACGCGUGUGUUUGGGCAUGACCGUAUAAUAAUAUACAAUUAUAAUAUAUAUACCAACAUAUGUUACGAUGAUAUUUUAUAAUUAUUUUUCAUUUUUGGAAAACUACCAACGAAUGUGCCAGUGAUUAUUGUCCAAUAUAUGUAUAUGUUCAUGUAUACAAAUUAUUACAUGAUAUAUCUAUCUGUAUACUAUUGUAUAUAUAAUAUAUAGAUAUAUGCAUAUAAUAUAUACUCCUAGACGGCGGGAAGGAACGAAAUUACACAUAUUAUAAAUGGGUUAGUCGUGCAAAAAAACUUAAAAUUCAAAAACAGUAACACACCUGUAUUACCUACACUAUUUAUUCGUUUUUCCGUAGAAAUUAUUAUUGUAAGCGUGAGGCAAACACGCGAUUAUCCUUAUUUUAGGUUUUUCUAUAGCUACCAUAAUCCAUACAUUUUUUUAUAAAGUACGAAAACUAUAUGGAAAUUCAUAAAAAUAUAAACUAUUAUUUUAAUUUAAUACUAUAAUAUAUCAUAUAUUGUUAUUUAAACCAUCAAUAAACAAAAUCAUAAAAUAUGAUAAAUACAUUCAAAACAUCUUCAAUACCCUUCCUGUAGAUAUCUACUGUCAAAAAAAAAAAUUAAUAAUAAUAAUAUAGGUUUUAAGCUGUAAUUAAAUGUACUUAAAUGAUUAGAACUUAAAAUAUAUUAUUUUUCUUUAGUUCAACGAGAUUCAAAGAAAUUAUAUAAUAGGUUAAUUAAUUUAUUUGUAUAAUUAUUAUAGUACGUACAUUAUGUUAUCAUUAUACAAUAUACAUAUUAAACAUCAAUUGCUGAUAAUUUAAUUUCACAAUCUUAUAAUAUAAAAUAAAUACUCAUGUAGUUAAAGAAAUACUUUAGUUGUGUUAAUAAUCUAGGUAUUUAGAACUUUGAAUUAGCGUAUUAUAUGAAAUUGAAAAAUCUGGAAUAAAAUGAUACUAAAAAAAAAUUGUUACUUAUUUGAAGUGUUUAAAAUAGAGAUAUUAUUACCAAAGACUAAUAAAAAUGUAUUAACUAAAAGAUCUUAUAUAACUUCAAGUUAAUAAAUAGAAAAAAAUAACAUAUACUUGAAGAUUUUAAAUUUAAAACGUAAACAUAUCUAUACCAAUAUAUUAAUUUAUUUAGUAUAUUUUCAUAUAAACUUCAUUAUGUAGUUACUAUAAAUUAAAAAUUAUAGUUAUAUAAUAAUAUGUUCAUUUUUAACUCAAAAUAUAUUUACCUCUGUAGCCUUUAGGUAACAUAAUUUUCUAAUAUGUAUGCACAUAAGUGUUCAUAAUAUAACAUUUAAAAAUUGUUUUGUUUUUAUGAAUUUCCUAUUUAUUACUUACAUAGUUACAUGUUACAAUAUUGUUUUAAAUAUUGUUUGUGUCACUAUCACUACUUAGGUUAUCAAUAAUUCAAUCUUUUUUUACAUAUUCUAAACUUGAAUAAUUCUUGGAUACUGGAUAGUAAAAAUAAAUAAGUAUUCUCCCACUCAAAAUCAAUAGUUGAAAUAGAAAUGCAUGUGUGCUUAUAACAUAAAAUAGUGUUGUCAUUGUUUUCAACCUUUUAAAACGUAUUCAUGUGUUGCAUAUCGUAUCCCGCAUUAUAUAAUUCGUUUUUAAUAUGAAAUGAUAAAUAUAAUUUACAGUUAUUUUUUGUUACUGAAAUAAGAAAAAAAACUAUUUCAAAGUAUAAACUACAAUAUAAAAAUAUAUAUAUUAAACCUAUAAUACGAAUUUUGAGUAUUAACUAAAAUAUUAUUAUUAAAAAAUUAAAGAAAAAAAAUAAUACCAAUCUAUAAAUAGAUUCUGAAAUUUUUAUUUUACCGUGGAAAUUUUUAACAACCCAUUCCGUACUUUUUUUAUAUAUAAAAUUAUGUAACUAUUAUGAAAUUAACUGUCGUAUCAAGAAUAUCUAUUAUUUAUGGGUAGGUACUUUUUACUUAAAAUACAGUUUACCUAAUACAUAAUUAGUUUAAAUCAAAUAAAAAAAAAAUUUAAUAAUAAAUAUAUAAAUACAAGACAGAUCAAUUUUGUUUGAAUAAUAAAAAAAUAUUUGAUAAAUGAUGAUUUGUUUUCAAAACUGUUUAUGAUUAGCACAUUUUGCACCUUUAUUGACCUUAUUAAUAACCAUAGGUACAUUUUAUAACAUACCUUAUAUUAUAUUAUAACUUCGUUAUUCUUUUAGGCAUGCUCUUAUUAUCAUAUUUAUUUUAUCCAGUAUUAUUCUUGGCUAUUUAUUUCCUUCAUAAUAUUAUGUUUAAUUUUUUUUAUUAUUAUUAUUUAUAAAUUUUGCUUUUCAAGCCUUAUAGGUUUUUUUUACUUAUUAAUGUUAUGUUAUUUAAAUAUUUUGUUUGCUUUAUUAAUUAUUAUUUAUAUUAUAUGUAUGUUCUGAAUAAAAUUGGAAUUAUUAUGAA